AUGUCGAAGAAGGAUGACGAGAAACAUCAGUCAGGCUACGUCCUCGGGACCGAACUCGACGGAUCGGGCUCCUUCGAUACCAUCACAGCCCUGGUAGCUGAAGACCACGAGCAUCAAAUCAAGCUCCGGACGAUGUCUUGGCAGAAGACCGCCUGUUUACUCGCCGGCGACCAGGUGUGUUUGGCAAUCAUGGCCCAGUCAUGGUCUCUCUCGGUUCUGGGAUGGGUUCCAGGCAUCAUCACCAUGGUUCUCUCGGGAAUCAUUUUCUGGAUCACCUCUAUUACCAUGCACAAGUACAUCAUGAAGAACCCCCAGAUCAAGAAUAUCUGUGAUUUUGGUUAUUAUAUCUUCGGCAAGAACCGAGUCGCCUACAUCUUCUCUGCAUUCAUGCUACUUGCCAAUAACAUCCUGCUUAUCGGUUUCCACAUCCUCACCGGUGCGAAAGUCCUGAAUACCCUGUCAGGCCACACGUUGUGCACGGCAGUCUUCGCAAUCAUCGUGACACUUAUGGGAAUCCUGGUGUCUGCUCCACGAACUCUCCAGCACGUCAGCUUCAUGUCUAUGUUUUCUUCUGCUUGCAUGGGAAUUGCAAUCCUUCUCUUCCUCGUUUUUGCCGGCAUCGAGAAGGCUCCUCUCUACGGGUACAACGGCGACUACCCAACCGAUGGAGCGGUCAAGACCUACGCAUUCCCUCUUCCAGGAACCACCUGGGUCGCAUGCAUGAACGCCGUCUUGAACAUCACAUUCCUCUGGGUUCCCCAGAUUCUGUUCCCCACGUUCAUCGCCGAGAUGGAGCGACCGCAAGACUUCCCCAAGUCAUUGGCUGUGCUUGCUACAAUUUCAGCCAUCCUGUUCAUCAUUCCUCCGGCGAUCGGUUUCCGAUACCUGGGUCAGUACGCCACAGCCCCUGCCUUUGGCAGUCUGGGAGUCGUAUCGUACAAAAAGGCGUCCUUCGGAUUCGUCAUCGUGCCUACUCUCAUUAUCGGUGUCAUUUACGCAAACGUGACUGCCAAGCUGCUCUAUACUCUCACGAUGGGCAAGUCUCGACACGCACAUAGCAAUACCUUCAUUGGAUGGGGAGUCUGGGGUCUGAUCAUGAUCGGAAUCUGGAUGCUCGCUUUCGUUUUCUCCGAAGUUGUUCCCAGCAUGGGAGAUUUCCUAUCUCUCCUCAGUGCCGCCUUCGACUCCUUCUUCGGUUUCAUCUUCUUUGCGAUUGCUUACUGGAAGCUUUACCGCGGGAACCUCUUCAAUGGUAUGGGGAGGGCAGCCAUGACCGUCACCCAUGCUUUCAUCAUGGUCGUCGGCCUGUUCAUUCUUGGCCCUGGCCUAUAUGCGGCUGUGAAAGCCAUCAUUGCCGAUUAUUCGGGGUCUAUCACGCCUGCUUUUACGUGCGCGAAUGCUGCUCUAUGA